AUGAGCGGCUCCGAUUCGAUCCCCGCGACGCCGGAGGAUAUGGAAGGAUCAAACGACUUGGAGGCUCCAAUCUCGUCUGCAGGUGAGGGUGAUACUUUAGAGUCCAAUGCUUCUUCUUCUUCAGACGCCGACCCAUCACCAGUACCCGACACCGACAAGUCAAAGCGGAUGCCAUCGCUCCGGUCCGUGUCUGAUCCGCCCAACAUGAAUCCAAACUCGACAGCAAUGGGCCUGUUGGGAAGGGCGAGAAAGCCGCAAAAUACUCAGCCAGCGCUUGCUGCUGGCUCGGGCGGUGCCAUGAACAACGAUGUCAUGGCCCGGGCCCUUGCUCUCCACAGAGCUCGCAUGGGAUCGUCGCCCAUGGGAUCGUCGCCCAUGGGCUCUUCACCAAUCGGCGCGUCCCCAAACUCGUCCUCGCCUUCUUUUGCCGGCCCCGGCUCCAGGCCCGGGCAAAACGGCUUUCCUGGGCUGGGCCUACCUGCCAAUGCGAUGCAUCGGCCGGGCCCCGUAGCCCAACACUGGUCCGACCCAGGCUUGAAGCCGUCCCUGAGCGCGAGAAGAGCCAACAAGUUUGGCAUGAAACUGUCGGAAAUGGGAAGCGGUGCCUCGACACCCACUCCGGGGCUCAAACGCACGGGCGCCCCCAAGUUGUCCGACCUCACGGGCGAACCGCCAGCCGACGAGCAACCAAAGGCGAACAAAUCCACGCUCGGGUCUAAACUUGAUGACUUCAAGAAGUACAUCGAUGCCGACAAGGGCUGGAUCACGUUUGAUGGAGCCGCCACCAUCACCAACACUGGGGUCAACUUUGCCAACGGCCGAACGUUUGCCAUUUCACUCGACGAGAUUCAAAUACAAGGAGAACUUGGCAAAGGCAACUACGGUACCGUGUACAAGGUCAGACAUGCCAAGCCGACAGUCCCACGCUUCGGCCAAGGCCUGUCCGGCAUACGCCUACAACACACCUUGUCGGAUCCGUUGAUCAAGUCAGAGGACAAUGACGACGGCGCAAAGGAAGACGCGGGCGGCAAAGAAACAACGGGCAAGCUGAUGGCCAUGAAGGAAAUCCGCCUUGAACUCGACGAUGCCAAGUUCUCGACCAUCUUGAAAGAGCUCGUCAUUCUCCACGAAUGCGUGUCGCCAUACAUCAUCGACUUUUACGGGGCCUUUUUCCAAGAGGGUGCCGUAUACAUGUGCAUAGAGUACAUGGAUGGAGGGUCCAUCGAUAAGCUGUACUCUGGAGGCAUCCCCGAGAGCGUGUUGCGGAAAAUUACCUUUUCCACUGUAAGGGGUCUCAAGUCGCUGAAGGACGAGCACAACAUUAUCCACCGCGACGUGAAGCCAACAAACAUCCUGGUCAACACGCGAGGCCAGGUCAAGAUAUGCGAUUUCGGCGUCAGCGGUAACCUGGUGGCCAGCAUAGCCAGGACGAACAUUGGUUGUCAGAGCUACAUGGCCCCGGAACGAAUAUCUGGCGGGGGUUUGGCGGCGCCAGGCUCUUCUGAUGGCACCUAUAGCGUGCAAAGCGACAUCUGGAGCUUGGGGCUGACAAUCAUCGAAUGCGCCAUGGGUCGCUACCCUUAUCCGCCUGAAGUAUCGUCCACAAUCUUCAGCCAGCUCAAUGCCAUUGUGGAAGGCGACCCGCCUGAUCUUCCCGGCGAGGGGUAUUCAGAUACGGCUCAGAACUUUGUAUCGAGCUGUCUGCACAAGGUGCCCAAGAUGAGAGCCACCUACCCCAUGCUGCUGAACCACCCUUGGUUACAAUCCUUCUCCAAGCCCCAUACCAUCACAGAGGAGGUCGAAGAAGGGGAAGAUGCAGACAAGUUAGCCGAAGCUGUCGGGCAACUUGACCUAGGAGCGGACAAUACCGACGACCCUGAAGUGGCGGCAUGGGUACGACAAGUUCUCAAGAGCUGCCUUGUCGAACCACCAAGCAAGCCCGGCAGCACACGUCCAGCUUUGCAUGCAGCCCCGUUGGACUCUGUCAGCCCCGUCGACAGUCCGUUUUCCUGA